AUGAUAGUCAAUUAUGUAAAAUCUAUGCCUGUGAGCACUCGUCUUUUCAAACAGUUGUGCAAAGAUUUAGAUUCCGAGCAUCAACUGCUUUUCUACACUAAAGUUCGAUGGCUAUCCAAGGGCAAUGUCCUGAACAGAGAUUUUGAACUUAGAGAAGAGCUAGAGAUGUUUUUGGAUAUGCAAGAUAAGGAGCCUAUUUUUAAUGAUCCACUUUGGGAACCACGUUUAGCCUAUUUAGCUGACAUAUUUGACCAGCUUAACAAACUUAAUCUAAAGCUUCAGGGUAAGGACACAACAGUGAUUCACUUUGUUAACACAUUGCGUGCUUUUGUUACCAAGAUGAAGAACUGGUCUAGGAAAGUUAGCUCUGGUAAUUUUGCUAUGUUUGAGAAGCUUUGUGAAGUGACUGAAGGAAGAGAAGAAGAAACAGAAUCUUGCCUCCAAAAUGAAAUAAUCAGUCACCUUCAUAAUUUGUGCCAAGAAUUUUCCAGGUACUUUCCUGAUCUUGAAGAAAUAGAUCGGUCAUUUGUGAGAAACCCUUUUAAUGCUGAACCAGAUAUUAUAAUUCCUGAGUCUGACCAAGAUAAAUUUCUAGAAAUUAAAUUUGAUUCAAGUAACAAGGAUUUUUUUUAA